AUGAUCGCCAUUGGUAUGGAGGGCUCUGCCAACAAGAUUGGUAUCGGUAUCAUGUCACAUCCCAAAGAUGGCAGCCCACCACAAGUCCUCGCAAACAUUCGACACACCUAUGUUUCCCCACCUGGAGAAGGCUUUUUGCCCAAAGAUGUGGCGCGUCACCACCGAGCAUGGGUUGUCAACUUGGUGAAGGGAGCCCUCAAGGAAGCCCAAGUGUCGGUUGAGGAGGUCGAUUGCAUUUGCUUCACCCAGGGACCUGGAAUGGGUGCCCCGCUACAAGCCGUUGCGAUUGCGGCGCGCAUGCUGAGUCUUCUUUGGGGCAAGGCAUUGAUCGGAGUAAAUCACUGUGUAGGACGUGAGUAUUCUUUUGAGAAAUACGGCAUUAUAUUCCCUUUAUACCGAAGCAUACUGGCUAACUCUUCUCCUCUCUUCUUCAUAGACAUUGAAAUGGGUCGUCUAAUUACCGGCGCAACCAACCCCGUCGUCCUAUACGUCUCUGGCGGCAAUACACAAGUGAUCGCGUACAGCUCUCAACGGUACCGCAUUUUCGGCGAGACUCUCGAUAUCGCCGUGGGAAACUGUUUGGACCGAUUCGCCCGCACAUUACACAUAUCCAACGACCCUUUUCCGGGUUAUAAUAUCGAGCAGCUUGCUAAGCAAGGCAAGCAACUAGUAGACCUUCCAUACGUGGUGAAGGGCAUGGAUGUCUCCUUUUCUGGGAUUUUAGCAGCGAUCGAUUCAUUGGCUGCGACGUUGGGGUUAGGAGGGGAGGAACGGGCGAGAGAAGAUGCCGAAAGGGCCUCGAACGUGGAGCAGACAAGCCAAGACAAAGACUCUGACAACAAACCGACACGUGCGGAUCUGUGUUUCUCUCUUCAGGAAACUGUAUACGCUAUGCUUGUUGAGAUCACUGAGCGUGCAAUGGCACAUGUUGGAUCUAAACAAGUUCUUAUCGUUGGCGGCGUGGGCUCCAACGAGAGACUACAAGAGAUGAUGGGUAUUAUGGCACGGGAUCGUGGUGGCAGUGUUUAUGCCACGGAUGAACGCUUUUGCAUUGAUAAUGGAAUCAUGAUCGCGCAAGCUGGAAUGCUGGCUUAUCAGUCCGGCUUCCGGACGCCUCUGAAGGACUCUUCUUGCACACAGCGAUUCCGGACGGAUGAAGUGCAUGUUAAAUGGCGGGAGGAUUAA